GCAGAUAAGUUGUUGCGUGUCUGUGGUGCCGGAGUGAAUUGUCGAGUUUCUGCUGGGAAGGAGGAGGGGAAGAUGCUUUCGCAUUCCUCUCCACAGCGUUAUAUUCACCCUCCCCCGGUGGCCGAGGACAAAUGGUAUCCAGAUUUAGAACAAACUGGAUAUGCUGAUUCAAAAGCAAUGAAAGAUUUGGAUGAAUUCAUCUUUUGUGAAUGGCAGGGUCGGCUGUGGCCUGCAAGAAUAUUGUCGAAGUCUGGCAGUUCUUCCAGUAAGGCAUCUGAGAACAUUUCAGAUUGUUUAGAUGUCCAACUAAUAUGCAUGGAUAAACAGUUGAGUGUUAAGUACGUAGACACAAGACCAUUUGAGCAAAAACAGGCUGAAGACAUUAGUUCUGCAUUAGUGCAUGAGGAAGAUUUUACUCACGAAGAAGCUGUGGAAGAACUGACUUACAGGAAGGCACUUCGAAUUGCCUUAAAUAUUUUAGCCAAUCAUGACUGUCACAUUGCUGAAAUGACUAUACAGGAACCGGUAAUGGCAAAGACUCAAGUUCUGACUUCAAAGGAGCUUAAAGAGUGUUCCUGUGUUCGCAAUGCAAAUGAAAGAAAAAAUACACCAAAGAAAAAUGGAUUGCACUCCCUUCAGGAACAAGAAACUGUUUGCACUCGACAAAGUAGCAGAAAAGUAUCUUGCAACGAAACAUUAUCAGAGGUUGAAGAAGAGAAAAGACUGACUAGGUCUUGCACGUUAACCCCAAGUUCAACUAAAAUGAAAAACCAUGCUGGUAACGAAAGAAACGGUGGUGUCAGGAGAAGUGUGCGAAGGCCAAGAAAAAAUCUCUUUAAACGCCAGCCAAACACUUCGUGUAGCAGUCACACACUGUGUGAGCAGCUGUUGCCAGUGAAACAGGAAGCUGCUGACACAGAGAAAUAUCGGGGUGAAGAGAGGCUGCAAAAUGUGGGAAAUUCAUCUUUACAGAUUUGUGAUUCUGAAAUCUCUGGAGAGGGUAAAGAUCAAAGUGGAGAAGUUAAAAAGAUGACCCUUAGAUCAAGGAUUAUUUGCAAUUCUGCCUGCAAAGAAGUUACCAAUUCUUCUGUACAAUCCAAUUGUAAAUCUCCGAUCAUUCCAGCAACUGACACUCCUGACUAUAUAGAAUUGACUCCUAAACAUAAGACUAGUGACAACAUUGGGUCACGUGAAUGCUCUCACUUUUUACGAAGAUCCCAUGAUGUUCAGUUAGAAAUCAAAAGUAAUUUGGACCAAAAUAAAUUCGUAGAAGAACAUAAAAGGAGAAAAGGCAAGAAGUGCCCAGAACCUGUAGAGUGCCUUCGUACCAAUGCAACCUCUGCUGAUUUGGAUAUUAAUGUUAGAUCCAGCAAGCAGUCAAAUUCAAAUGGUUUUACAGGAACCAGGAACCCAAGGCAACAUGUAAAUGGGCACAAAAGAAGCAUUUCAGACAAUUCUUCUACCACCCCACUAAAUAAACAAGAGGCAUUCCCUCCUUCAAAAAUUCAGAAAGAAGAGGAAGCUUCAAAGAUGCAUACUGUAUCUGCUGAAGAGCCUAACACUCUUGAGUCACCAGUAUUUCAAGUUGAUGAAAUAGGAUUGCAGUCAUCCUCUUUGUCAGUAGAGUUCAGUUCAGUAGACUCUCUUUCAACAAGCGAACCCACAGAUGAUGGGGAGGAGGAUGAAGAGAAUGAUGAAGAUGAAAACCUUCCAAGUAUACUGCUGCACCAAGAUCAAUGGUCAGUAAGUGAGGGGAUGCUAGUUUGGUGUAAAUUCCAGAAGUACCCACAUUGGCCAGCAGUGGUAAGAAGUGUAAAGCCCAGGAUCAAGAAGGCCAGCAUAUUGUUUGUCGAUGAAAAUAUAAUAGAUGUAGAAAAGAAUAAAAAAGGCUUUACGGUGUCUGUAAGGACGCUGAAACCAUUUGACUGUGAAAACCGUCAUCAAUUAACAGCUGCAGCGCGGCACAUUUACAAGACUUCAGUUGAUUGGUGUGUGGCUCUAAUUGAUGAUUAUCGAAUCAGAAGAGGAUGUGGCUCCUUCACAGGUUCCUUUGUUGAGUACUGUACAGCUGAACUUAGUAUCCCAGUGCGAAAAUCAUUUGGACAAGAUCCCUCACUAAUGACCUUUCCAUACACUUCAAUUGCAAAUCAAGAAGGAGGGAAUUCUGAUUCUGAAAUUGAGACCACACCAUCCAGACAACAUCCUACCAAAAAAUUGCUUCCUGAUAGGAAGAAAGCUGCCAGAGAUCGAGCCAAUGAGAAACUUGUGCAAUUCAUUGUCAAGGCAAAGGGUGCAGAGAAGCACCUUCAGGCUGUCAUUAAGGGACAGAAGCCAUCUAGGUGGCUGGAGGAAUUUAAAACUCGCUCCCGCAACUCAAGUGUCAUUGAUACAUACCUCGAAGAUGAUUGGCAGCUGGACCAAGUGGUUAACUACUUAAAAGCUGUCUGUGAAAUGAAUGUGAGCACAAAACUCUUAGAAGAUUAUGAGAGGUCUAGGUUUAUCCUGGAUGUCCUCUUGCCGGAGGCCAUUAUUUGUGCAAUUGCUGAGGUUGAACAGAUGAGCACCAAGAAAGCUGAAGAAAAGUACAUGAAGGGCCCACUUCAUAGUGAAAGGGAAGUUGAACACUUCAACAAAGAGAUUGAAAAAGAGAUGAAACUGAAACAGAAGCUCUUGAAAUAGGAGGAAUCCAUUCGCUGAAGCUUUCAUUCUUGAAAUGCAUGUGUACAUAAGAUUGAAUGACACUCAUAUUUUUGUGCAAAGUAAUAUCAUUUUUGAUAGCAAGAAUUUAAAUGUUUAUGAAAUAUCAAAACCAAUUGUGUACAGAUAAUAAGAGUUAAAAGCAUGUAAAUAUCCCAUCACGGGAAAUCAAUUAUCUACUUAAGUCUCAGUGCAAUAGACUUAGAGCUUAAGUAUUUUUUUUACUUCAAAAUGAAAAGCCAUUCAUUUCACAAAGACUUAAAAUUUUAGCAAGCUCAGUUAAGUUUGAUAUCCUUUAUUGUGUCUUUUUCUCAAAUGCAAAAAAAAAGCGCUUUUUUUGUUGAUCUUAAAUUUGAAUGAUAACCAGUUUUGUUGUAUAAUAUCAAUACUCUCCUAGGAAUGGGUAAUGAAGGCAUUGGAUUCACUAUUCCAACUACACGCACAGUAUAAUACAAGAGAAUAUGCUAUCAAUAAAAAUCACACUUGGAAGCAUUGCCCAUUUUUGUUGGUCUAGAUCCGGAGUGGUGAUUUUCUAUAAGUGGCAAUAGUAAGGAGAAGACAAACAAAAUAGUUAGAUGAGAAGAUAUCCUGACUGAUAUAACCUUAGGUUUGUGCUCUGAAGAAGUAAUGGUCACCCUAGCAUCUUGUCAGACUUACAAAGAUGUAUGCUCUCGUAUACACGGACACCACAUCGUAGUAAUAGCCAUAGCUAAGAUGAAAUAUCAUGAUAUUCUGGAUGUUGGCGGAUGAACUCUUUAAAAAGUGCAGGGAAGGUUAGAAAUUGAGUGAACUGCAGACAUUUUAAAACCAUCUGCCUGAACGUUUUUUAAAGGUGGGGAGAAGAGAAGACAAGUAAGGAUUUAGAGAUAGUAGGAACUGCUGAUGCUAGAGAAUCUGAGAUAACACUGUGAAGCUGGAUGAACACAGCAGGCUGAGCAGGAAAGUUGACAUUUUGGGUCGAGACUCUUCUUCAAAUCUUCAGAAAUGAAGGGUCUCGACCCGAAAUGUCAACCUGCUCCUCCGCUGCUUGACCUGCUGUGUUCGUCCAGCUUCACAUCGUGUUAUCUAAGGAUUUAAAGAUGCAGUUCUUGAGAUUGAGAUUGAGACCAAAGUGGCUCAAAGCUCUUUAAAAUAGUCAGUUGUAGAAUUAAAAGAUUUUCCUAUCCAUUCAGAUCGAGAUACCAGCCAAAAAUCAGUCGAUUGUGAUAUUACUCACUUGCAGAGAUGUUUGAUUUUAUGUGUUAAGGAACUUGCCAUACAUUUAUUGUUUCAGUCCUCGAUUUUACCUUCAGAAUUUUUUCUUUGCUAUUACAAUGGUCUGUUAUUCAUUUAGAAGGGUGAAUAGUGUGAAAAGAAAAUGCAAAAUAGAACUACCUUUAUUGACAACAGCAGAGGAGACUGAAGUCUUGAAAUCAGAAUAAUUAUUUUUAAUGGUCAAAUAUGUUUUCAUGGUCUUGUCAAAGCAACUGGAAAUUGCAACAUUUCCUUUGGGUGUUUCAGUAGGAAAGAGAAAGGAAAUCUUAAUUUUUUUUUAAUAUAAUUCUUUCACCAUUUCAAGACUUUGGCUGUAAAGUAAUUUGCAAUGAAGUAUUUUCUGCUGCCUAAACUCUGAAUCUAUAAUCCUCCACUAGUUACGCUUUCGCAACCUGUAAAAGACAAAUUAAUCCAAAUUGUCCCUUCUUGUUGAUAAAGCCUUAACCCAUGCUCAUAUUGUAACCACCGAUACUGAGAGAUCGUCUCUUAUGCGACAAUUUUUUAUGUGAUAGCUUAUUGAAUAUCUUCUGAAAAUCCAAAAACACUACAUCUCCUGGAUCCUCUUUAUCAACUCUUGUUAUAUAACUAAGUAACUCUAGCAAACUUUUCAACCACAAGUUCCCUUUCACAAAACUGUUUCUAAGUGACCUGCUAUUUCUUCUUUAAUGAACUGAUGUUAGGCUAACUGGACAGUAGUUUCCUGCUUUCUGUUUGUCUUCUUGAACAGGUGUGUCACAUUUAGCAGUUUACCAAUCUGCUGGAACCCUCAAAUAUACAGAACAUGCUUGAUAUCACAACAUUAAAAUUGGAUCAUACUCCACGUCAACAGCUGAUGUGCUUGCCCAUCAGCCUGAGUAUAUUAUAUCUCCUCGUUUUUUUAAUUUGCAUAUAUUUUAUAUUUCUGAGUAGGGUAGUAAACUGGCUCCAAUGGUCUCAAUUUAACUGUGUGAGCCUGAUACUCUCAUUGGACUCCUAUUAAUUGACAGUAGGACAUGUUGAGAUUCUUAAAUGGAGUGGCAAUUUAUUAUUGAGAUUACAUAGCAACAGAUAUUACUUGCAUUUAAUUAUGUUAAAUCUCUUUGGCGUUUUGGUCAAAUACAGAUAGGAAAUAUGAGCUUUUUACUUGAGUUUGGGCAUUUGAUAUAGCUGCAUGAGCAGAUUAGUUAUUAAAGGCCUCAUUAGUCCAGGGUUUCUUCUGCAUCAAUGCGUACUGUUUCAAGUCUGCCCUGUUUUCAGCUCUGUAAUUCUACCCAUCUUCUAUUCCAAGCACCUUAAGUCAGCAUUGUCCUUUGACACCAUUUUUGUCAAUAAAUAAUCAGGAUAGUGUUUAACAGGUUCUGAUGAUGAGAUCCUCUCAUUUUUGUGCAAUUUUUUAAACUAGUAUUCAAUUUUCUGCAAUACUGAGUAUUAACACUGAACUCUUCUUGAUCAUAUUGUUAAAUUUCUUAUCUAAUGUUAGUAGGUGCCAUAAGUUUAUAAGACCAUAAAAAGUAGGAGCAGGAGUAGACCAUUUGGCCUGCAAGUCUGCUCAGCCAUUCUAUAGGAUCAUGGCUGAUUCGAUAUUUCUCACAUCUACUUUCCUGACCUUUCCCAAUCACCCUUAUAAUCCUUGAUAAAGAAUUAUCUCUGCAUUAAAUAUACAGAAGGACUCUGCCCUCACAGCUGUCUGUGGUAGGAAGUUCCAAAGGCAUUCAACUUUUGGAGAAAAUUCCUCCUCAUCUAAGUCUUAAAUCCACAAUCUGUAAUCUCAGAAUAUUUAUGUAAUUGGUCAUUGGUUCCUGUUUUACCUGAUUUUAGACUUUGCUCCUGUGGGGUACUCUUUAUAAUCAGCUGAUUGAACAGUAUGGAGAUCAAUAGGAAAGUCUCCUUAAGUAAAGUAAUAAAUGCCAAUACCAAGCAAUUCUAAGAGAAAAUGAACAUUUGUACUUGCUCCAUCUAAGUUUGCUGUAAAAAAGGGCAAUUUUAUUAGUACAAAAAAAACUGGGAUAAUUACCAGCAGCUGCAUUUGUGCAAAUACAACUUUUUUUAAGCAACAUACUGGUUUGAGAGGUAUAGUGAUGACCCUUUGGUGUCUCUCUUUGUGUGAGAGAGAGAGAGGGAGAGAAAUGGGUAGUAUAGCUGCUAAAUUAACGAAGAACGAUGAAGCUUCACAACCAUGUGGGAUCCUAUUCAGUUCAUUAACACAAGCCCUCCACUCGUCCUUUCCAGUUGAGGGCAAUUGACAGAGUAUCUAUUGUUCUUAUUUCUCUAGGCAAAAGACAGCAAUUUCAAAUAUGUAUACAGGCAAGUACAUUAUUGUAUAUCCUGGUGUUGUACUUUAAAUUGAUUAAACAAUUGUGUGUAGGAUUCAAA